AUGACUUCAUUCUUAUACAGCGGAAAGAGGUUUAUUGCUAAGGCAGCCGGAAGGUCUACGAACCCGCAGAUGUCCUUCCCCUGCCUCGAUAAAUUGGAUGCGCUAACAGCUAAGCUUAAAGAAAACCGAAUUGGAUCUAUUAAUGGAGGGUCGACAGUGGGCGAUUUUUAUGGGACUUUGGCCGACAACGAGCCUGUCUACGGAAACGUAAAGUCAGGAUAUCAGCUCUAUAGCUGCGAAGAGCCUUUACUGCUGGACUACGGUGGUGUGCUAUUAGGCUUCCGGAUAGCAUAUGAGACAUGGGGCACGCUAAAUGCAGAAAGAUCGAAUGCAGUCCUAUUGCAUACAGGACUAAGCGCAUCAUCACAUGCCCGGUCUUCCGAACUAAAUGGAAUCCCCGGAUGGUGGGAGAAAUUUAUCGGACCGGGCAGCAAGAUAUUGGAUACCAAUAGGUUCUUCGUGGUUUGCACAAACGUUCUAGGCGGAUGCUAUGGGUCUACAGGGCCUUCAUCUGCAGAUCCAGCAGAUGGCGAACCAUAUGCAACUCGGUUUCCAAUUUUAUCCAUCCAAGAUAUCGUACGCGCGCAGCAUAAGCUUGUUCGCGAGUGCUUUGGAAUCGAAAAGCUGUACGCUUCCGUUGGUAGCUCAAUGGGCGGAAUGCAAUCUUUAGCUUAUGGUCAACUGUUCCCCUCCGAUGUGGAGAAGAUUGUUUCCAUAUCAGCAUGUGCACAGUCCGAUCCAUCUAGUAUUGCAUUAAGACAUGCGCAGAGGCAAGUGUUAAUGGCCGACGUGAACUGGAACAGAGGACUAUACUAUCCUUCCGAAAAGUACCCUGACCGUAUACCACCUCAUGUAGGAAUGAAGCUUGCGCGUGAAAUCGCGACAGUGACGUAUCGGUCAGGGCCAGAAUGGGAAUCCCGUUUUGGUACGGAAAGGCUAGACCCCGAUGGCACCCCAACGCUUUGUCCUGAUUUUCUGGUCGAAAGCUACCUCAACCACCAAGGGGAGAAAUUCUCAUUAGAAUAUGAUGCGAAUUCAUUUCUCUACCUGUCCAAGACAAUGGAUCUUUUCGAUUUGUCCGCUUCGCACCUUCGGAGAAGCCAACAGAAGCGAAUGGAGGCAGCAGUCCGUUUAAAACGGGGAACUCUUUCGAACACGUCCUCCGUGUAUGCGGAACCACCAACGAAGAAGAAAUCCAGGACCAUUUCGAUCGAAGAGAAUCACCGAGAUCUCGUGGAGGGCAUGGCGCCUUUGCGGGACAAAGACAUUUUAAUAAUUGGUGUGCAGUCAGAUGCGCUGUUCCCCGCUGCACAGCAACGCAAAAUAGUCGAGCUACUGGGGAACUCUCGGGGGGUGCAUUAUAUCGAGCUCACACAGGAGCAGUCCAUAUUCGGACAUGACACAUUUUUGUUAGACACAGAGCAUAUCGGUUUACCGAUAGGUAAGUUUUUAUCAGGAACGUAG